GAAUUCUAUUGGUCCACUGAUUCGACGAAAAUACACAUGCGCACUAAGAAUUAAUUCUGCAUCACUAGCGCCUUUAAGUCAACGGUUUAAUAACAAUAUAGGUUAUGUUAUUUUCGUUCUUGUUGGCAUUGUAAAGCGUAGAGAACGGUACAGCGAAACAGAAUAACAACAUGUCUGUGAAGAAGAAAAACGAAUUAGUAUUAUCGGUUGAAGAAACGGUGUUUCGAAAAAGUUAUGUUUUAGCAGUUUGUGGAACUCAAAGUGAACCAGAAUUCAGAAUCGGAACGGCUUCAUCCAAUCAUUUGUGCGUCAUCUAUACAGCAGGAGAAACUUUAAGUAGGACUACUACGUUAACUCAUAAUAAAGCUACUAUUGUUGGAAUCAAAUUUAGUCCUACCUCCAAGAAUAUUAUAUAUACGGCAACUAAUAAAGGAAUAAUUACUGCAUGCGAUUUACGUGCUAAAGGAAAAGCAGUUGCAGAAUUUAAAGAUAGUUCUGAAGAUGGAAAAUUAAAACCAUUAGCUAGUUUUGAUAUAAGUUGCGAUGAAAGACUUAUUGCUGGUGGAACCGAACACAUCGGUGGAGAUACAUUUAUUUUGUUUUGGGAUAUCAGGCAUAGUAAUUCUAAAGUAGAAUGUAAGGAUAAUAAUCUUCUUGGAGGUUAUUGGCAGUCACAUAUGGAUGAUGUGACUCGCUUAUCAUUUCAUCCCAACAAACGAGAUAUUUUGGCAUCCGGUAGUGUAGAUGGUCUUAUCAAUAUCUUUGAUCUAACGCAGCCUACAGAAGAUAUGGCAUUAAGAUAUUCAUUAAAUACCGAGUCCUCGGUGGAUGGAUUAGGCUGGAUGAACAAUGACAAUCUAUGGUGUACAACAUUUACAUCGUCGUUGCAAUUUUGGAAUGCUGAAGGAGUAACUCCAUAUACAAGGUUCAAACGUAGCAGUUUAGCAUUAGCACACGGUGAUGACCCAGAUAAUUGCUACAUAGUUAAGUUUCAUCCUUCGAAUGCGCUUGGACAACCAUUCCUAUUAGCAGGAUCAGAUAAUGUUAAAGGUGAAAAUUUAAGAUGUCUAAGCGUCGCAAACAAUCAACUAGAAAUCUGUUAUAAUCUUGUUGGAAAUAAGCAGUAUGUAAGAGACAGUUGGUUACAUGAAAAGAGUAACUCUUUAGUAACUGUCGGAGAAGAUGGUUUAAUAAAUAUUUGGAGACAGCCAGAGUCUAGUGGCGUUCAACAAAGUGCAGGCCAGAAAUUAUUAACAAAGAUCGGUAGUGGGAAAAGCCGGGAACGUCAGCAUAGGGCCAAACCAUACUAAGCGUUAAUAAUAGGAUAAAGAUCUAUAAAUGGACACUAUUUUCGGAAGAAAGCAUCACAACGACCACUUACCCAAAGCAUCAUGUUAUCGGAAGCAAAUGGAUAAACAUAAAACAACUUACGCUGCAAGAGAAGGUGUUGUUCGUGUUCCGGACUCAGUGAGAUGCGUAUGAAUUGGCGGUGUAACGAUGGAAGGGGUCGAAAUAGAUUUCUGGAGAGGUAAACGUGCACCAGUUAAACCUGGCAUCAAACUGCUACUUUCACCUAAUCUUUGACUAUUUCUUUUUAAGACAAUCUUCUGAUAUUCACUCUGUGACAGGAAAGUACAUACGUAUAUUACUAUACCUGUAUUUUUGACCAAUGUUUCUAAUCUAAAAUUACCUGCACAAGGUCUGCCUCAUUUAAGGAAUGAGUACUUGCUUGUGAUCUGCAUGCUCGAUUACCUACCCCUACAGGUCCACUACAAGAUUUUCCAUCUAGUUCUAGUUCCAUUUCACUGUCCAGACUACUUAAACUAAUGCUGCGUUGUCGCUGAAAUAAUAAUGAAUGAUUUUGCCCGGAAUAUCUGCGUCGGCCACGUCUAGUAUCUUCCAAAUCUGUCCAACUUCGUCUUCUGUCUAUGCCCUGUACAGGUUGUGCAUGAGAGUUCAUAGAUGGAAAAUGUGUCGGAGAGCUAUUGGUUGAACAGUUAACAAGGAGAUCUGGAUCAGAUCCUGCUUCAUGAUUAUUGGAACGAUGUCCACCCUCUAUAAGUAUCAAUGGACAUAAGGAAGGACACGAAGAGGUCAGUCUCUGAGGAUAGUUCUUAGCAAAACCAGGAGAAUGAGGUGUGACACUAAUAAUGGGUACAAGAGGAUUAGGCUGAGUUUGAAUAUUAGUACCAAGUGUAAGCAACGGAUGUUGCUGUUGCUGCUCAGAAUUCCCUCCAGACAUGGUGAUUGUUUUAUUGGUAUUAUCUUCGGUAUAACCAGUUUCUGUGACUAUAUUUCCAUGUAGACUCAGGCCACCAAGAUCUCCAUUAAUAGUAGGCACACGGUCACAGUCGGAAUGCGAUGAGCCAAGAUAGUCCGUUAUUACAUCCUCUUCGCUAUCCUCUCCGCUAUUGGGACAUUCAUCUAAAAAAAUAUUGAUAUUGCUAAUAUACACUUGUAAUUAGUUGAAAGUUUAUAAUACGUAUCUAUUUCCAUUGUUCUGUCU